CGGCGCUCUCGGUGGUACCUGACGUCAUCAAGGCGCGACGGCGGCGCGAGCUGUGUGUGGCUGCUCUCGGCGCGGUCCCGUCGGGAUUGUUUUUAGAAAGACAUGACCACACAGUACGGUAUUCUCUUCAAGCAAGAGCAAGCUCACGAUGAUGCCAUUUGGUCAGUUGCCUGGGGCAAAAAUAAAAAUGAUGGUUCUGAAACAGUGAUCUCUGGCUCUUUGGAUGAUCUGGUAAAGGUCUGGAAGUGGAAUGAUGAAAAGCUGGAUCUGCAGUGGACUCUGGAGGGUCACCAGCUGGGGGUGGUGUCUGUGGACAUCAGCCACACGGGUGCCAUUGCAGCGUCCAGCUCCCUGGACGCCCACAUUCGCCUCUGGGACUUAGAGACCGGCAAGCAGAUCAAGUCCAUAGAUGCUGGUCCUGUUGAUGCUUGGUCCCUGGCUUUUUCACCUGAUUCCCAGUACCUUGCAACAGGAAGUCACGUGGGGAAAGUAAAUAUUUUCGGUGUUGAAACUGGAAAGAAAGAAUAUUCUCUGGACACCAGAGGAAAGUUCAUCCUUAGCAUUGCAUAUAGUCCAGAUGGAAAAUACUUGGCCAGUGGAGCAAUAGAUGGCAUUAUCAAUAUUUUUGAUAUUGCGACUGGAAAACUGCUGCAUACGCUAGAAGGCCACGCCAUGCCCAUCCGCUCGCUGACCUUCUCCCCUGACUCCCAGUUACUCGUCACGGCCUCCGAUGACGGCUACAUCAAAAUCUACGAUGUGCAACAUGCAAAUUUGGCUGGCACAUUAAGUGGUCACGGAUCCUGGGUUUUAAAUGUAGCAUUUUGUCCUGAUGAUACCCAUUUUGUUUCCAGUUCAUCUGAUAAAAGUGUGAAGGUUUGGGAUGCUGGAACGAGGACCUGUGUCCAUACUUUUUUUGACCAUCAAGAUCAGGUAUGGCUGCUAUUCCCUGAGUCACCACAUUCCCAGGAGAGCUUGUGUAGUUGUGCACGUUUGAGCUUCACCUUGGUGCUGCAGCUCCAGGCUUGCAGUAAUGCAACUUUAGCCUGCUAUAAUGAAAUUUUAGAAGUUGUGGUUAUUUAGCACUUAAUAUUGAACUAGUACUCCCAGGUGUAUAUGCUGAUCUCUUCCAAGUAAUUAACAUUUUUCAGGCCCAAAUAAUGGCAAUCCUGAGUGGCCUAAGUCUCACCAGACUCUGUUUGUUACCUUUGUCUCUAGUUUUACUUAUUUGUGUGACUAACACAGCAUGUGUGUGUGUAAGGGUGGAAAUACUUAUUUAAAAGGAUGGAAUUACUUAAACAGAUGCUUGAAAGCAGCCUGGAACUUGGGAGUUUUUCCUCCUUCAGUGUUUGUAAUACUGUGGGUUUUUAAUUUAUUGUUCAGUGAUAGCUACCUGUGAGGGAAGGAGUUAGGUUUCUACCCAUUUACUCUUUGUUCUGUUUAUCACCUAACAUUUGGACAGUGUUAUAUUUUAAUGGACCACUGAGCAAGAAACAAAGGUUAUUCUUCCCGAUUUUAUUUGAUUUUCUUCCAUGGUACUACUUUCUUGCUGGUAACCUUCUUUUCAGUUACCUAUAGUUAUGGGGGUUUUAAUAUUGAAGUACCAAGUGGGACUUGAUUUCCCCUGUUGUUUUAGCUGUUGGGUGUGAUCUCAUUCAGUCUGUGGCAAACAGACUGGGAAUGCUGGGUUUGGGUACUAGUGCAAAAUAGUGUACAAGACUGCCCAGAA